AUGAGGCACCCAAAAAAAACUCUCGUACACGAGGACUACACCAUAGGGUGGAUAGCCGCUCUACCCCUCGAGCUGGCCGCGGCAAAAAUGAUGUUGGACCUAAUCCAUACCAAACUGCCUCAGGAAUCGAGCGAUCAGAACACCUACAUUCUUGGAGAAAUCCAUGGGCAUAAUAUUGCCAUGGCAUGUUUACCAUCCGGUGUAUAUGGCACAACUUCUGCAACCAUUGUAGUAGCGCACAUGUUAACUACAUUCCGGGCCAUACGUUUCGUUUUGAUGGUAGGGAUUGGGGGAGGCGUACCAAGUUCUACUGCCGAUAUUCGACUCGGAGACGUCGUCGUUAGCAAGCCUUCAGGAACUUCUGGAGGUGUUAUACAGUAUGACUUCGGCAGGACUUUGGCAGAAGGAAGAUUUCAACGGGUCGGAUGCUUAAACAAACCGCCACAAGUUCUUCUGACUGCGGUUUCGGAGUUGGAAGCUCAUCAUUUGACUGGACAGAGUCAAGUUCCGACUUAUCUCCUAAAUCUACAUAAGCAGUGCUCAAAAUCCUCUCGCUUCAAAUACUGUAGCCAGAACUCUGAUCAUUUAUACGAAGCGACAUAUGAUCAUAUCGGCCAGGACACGUGCGAAAAUUGCGAUAAGACCAAUUUGGUGACAAGUCGGGGAGCAAGAAGUUCAACUGACCCUCAAAUUCAUUAUGGCUUGAUAGCAUCCGGCAACCAAGUUAUGAAACAUGCAGCAACAAGAGAUAAACUCUCUCGCUCUGAAAACCCAGCCGUCCUUUGCUUCGAAAUGGAAGCAGCUGGCCUGAUGGACCAGGUGCCCUGUCUAGUAAUCCGCGGAAUCUGCGAUUACUCAGAUUCACACAAAAACAAGCAAUGGCAAGGAUAUGCAGCGGCUACGGCAGCGGCUUAUGCAAAAGAGCUUCUUCAGGUGGUGUCGUCACAUCGCGUUCUGGGAAUAUCAAGGAUUAGGGAUAUCGAGACUUUCUCAAUGGUCGUGAUGACUCUUACAGCGUCUAUUGUGGGAUUUCUUAGUAUCAGUGGUAGUAUAUUAGCUGGCAUCAGCACCCACUCUAGCCCUAAGGUAUCACUAGGUGUUCUUAAAGAUGUCGCAGUUCAGCUUCCCCUGAUUACCGAAAGCCUAGAAAAGAUAGCGGCCGGUUGCAAAAAUGGUUCAAUUAAGCUAGAGGACCAAACUUCCCUCCUACCUGUGGUAAAUGGAUGCCUCAAGAGAGUCAGCGCUCUAGGGAAACUGAUUCAAGAGAUAUUUCCAACGCCGAACGACUCCAAAUUGAGUCGCAUAAGAAAGUUGGUCUUACGGCCCUUCAAAACCAAGACCGUUGGUUCCUAUUUAAGCGCCCUAGAAGGGUAUAAGUCUACCCUUGCUUUCCAUCUACAAGAGGUCGCAAGAACCCAGAUGCACGAUAUAGCUGAAUCGAAUUCAAGGCAAGAAGAUGAAAUGGCCAAAGUGCGACGGCAGCAAACAAGAAGUACCAGUGUCCAACUUUUGAAGCCUAACAUGUGCUUCAAUAGCGUAUCCAGUCUGCCCGGAACGUGUAAAUGGAUUUGGAACCAACCAAAUUUUAUUCAAUGGAUGGAGCAAUCUCCGGACACAAAAAGACUUUUAUUCGUGCAAGGGAUCAGCGGUUGCGGAAAAUCAGUCCUUGCUACAUCUAUCGCUGAGUCUUUUCAAAAAAAGGGAGUUCGGGUUUUAUUCUUUUCCUUGCGCGGAACGGACAGCGAUCGACGCACCCUGGACUCGCUGUUUCGCACUUUUAUCUGCCAACUGCUAGAAAAGGUUUCAGACAAGAAGGCGUCCGAGUACAUCGAAGGUCUGUCACGCAAAAUUUCCCCCGGAACACCAGCGCUAUUCGAAGAUUUGCUAGAUUUAGUCAAGUCUAUAAAAGAAAUUGUUUAUUGCAUCAUCGAUGGCGUGGACGAAUGCAUGGAUAAAGAUAACAAUCCAGACUCUAGUCUAUUAAUCAACUACGCCUACCAAAUGGUCGAACUCCCAAACUUUCAUGUAGCUUUAUUCGGCCGGCCAUGUGCCCUCCAGAAUGCUAUCCGCCCCCCUCUCGUUCUCAACGUUGAAAUGAACUUCGAUUUCAUUAAAGAAGAUAUCAGUUUAUUUACACGUUCUCAAGUGGAAGGAUGCAAGAACUUGGAGGAUGGAAGUUUGCGGGACCAUGUCUUCAAAGUCCUACUUGACGGGUCAGGCGGAAUGUUCCUUUGGAUAGAGCUGAUGUGUGCCGAGUUGCGCAAGCCUAUUACAGCUGCAGGCAUUAUGGACCAAUUGCGCAAUAUUCCAAAGGGGCUGGAGGAGCUCUAUCGAGACCGCUUCCUAAGGCUAUUAAAUAAAUUAGACCGCCAAGGGUUGAUACUCGCAAGAAAGGUCCUAGAAUUUAUCAUCACUUCUUGUCGUAGUAUGACCAUUGACGAACUAUGGUACUCUAUCGCUCUCGACAAGGAGACCGAAUUUCACUUAGGGGAAAAACUACUUAUCCCACUAGAACGAACAAUACUGGAGGCUUGCGCCGACCUGGUCAACAUCACAAACGGUCGCGUUCAACUUAUCCACUUCUCCGUCCAAGAAUUCUUAACUAGGCCAAGGGAAGAAUGGUCUUGUGAUGGCGAUCAAAAGAUCGAAUCAUCAUUCAGAAUAGAGGAGGAAAAAGCACACCUAUCUUUAGCUUCUGUUUGUAUCGACUAUUUGAGCUCAGGCGAUUACCAGUUUCCGAUAGACGAGCCUGGAGAUGCAUCAAAUCAGCAAAGCGACUACCCAUUCUUGGAAUACUCUUCUCAGUACACCAUUUUUCACUCAGUACGGUCCGGAGACCUCCUUCGUCCGGAACUCUCAACAAAUUUUGAUGUCUUCGUCGAGUCCCAGAUGUUCAUUCCUUGGGUAGAAUACUUAUCGAUGAUCCUGGUGGAGGAUAGCAAUCUAUCUGCUCUUAUUUUAGACGAUAUCCAAGACUUGGAGCACUGGCUAGAGGAGCUCGAAAGUGACGCUAGCUUUGAGGCAUAUCUACAGAAGCUGAGCGCCGCUUUUGAGCAAAAUCUCGAACGGCGAACACAAGAAGCUAGCCUCGCUAGAACGAAAGAGGAUGUUAACGUUGCUACGAAAGCCAACCUACGGGCUGAGAGACUGCGGCUCAUGUACGAUUACGUCCAGGUGCAGAUAUCAAGCGAGCUAGAAGACAGCAAAGAUGUCGACCUCGAAGGCAGCAGAGAUGUCGACCUUGAAGGCAGUAGAGAUGUCGGCUUUGAAUUCGUGGCCGAAAGUAGUCCAACUCCGAGAGACACCUCUUCCGCAAUCUCGCAAACUAUUAAUCUCAUCAAAAGUAACACGCUGGCGCCUCUUCCUGCGGGGUUGCAUCUGUUCUUAGGGUUGCAGACACACCUAAGCCGGGUCAAAGUCUUAUGCGAUCCUCUCAGGUUGCUCUUCGAGACUAUAUUGGGCAUGGCCGAAAAAAUACCUGCUUCUGUGCUCCUAGUUAUAGGAGACUUUUAUUACGAUCUUGAAAAGUUCGAUCAAGCACUUAGAGUUUACAAAGCGGCCCUAUCAAAGAAGGGGCAUGUGCAUGGGCUUACAAAGAUGAGUUUGCUAAACCAGGCGGGUGUCAGUCUGGGAUAUCUAAACGGGGACGUAAAAGUCAGGCUAGAUUACUAUAUGCAGGCACUACACGAGUUGGAACAAUAUCAAGAAACACACGGACCACAUCUUGGAUACCAACAUGCUGAGAUGUUAUGCAUCCUUAAAAGCAAUCUUGGGGGUGUUUUUUGCGGUAUUGGAGAAUAUCCGCAAGCAGAAGAGAUGGACCGAGGAGCAGUGGAAGAACGACAGAAACUACUCGGGCCCGAGCACCCAGAUACACUCCGAAGUGUGUGCUACCUAGCGAGUACACUUUAUAUACAGGGUAAGUACUUAGAGGCGGCGGAAGCAUAUAAACGGGGCUGCAACACAAAAGCCUGGCUAGCCGACUAUAAAUAUGGGAUGCAUCUGAAGGUACGAGAAAAAAAUCGCAAUGCUAUGAUUCUACGGAAACUUGAUGAGAUACACGACCUUGGAGAACAUCUUUACGGCCAAGAAAAAUAUUCCAAGGCAGAAGCGAUGUUUCUGAUCGCUGCAGAAAGUAGUCAAGAAGUGCUCGGACACGAGAACUUGAAAACGCUUGAGAGUGUGUAUAUGCUUGGGCUUGCGCUAUAUAAACAGAAAAGGUACCCAGAAGCGGAACUGAGGUUCAGAAAUGCUAUGGAAGGAUGGCAGAAGAUGGUUGGAACAGCAGAUCACCGAACCUUGCGUUCAAUCUCGGGGGUCAUCUGUGCGUUGUUGGCACAAGGCAGAGAUUCGGAGGCAGAAGCGAUGCUGCAAAUUAUUCUGGGGGUAGAGGAACUGGAGGAAAUUCUCAAGGACCACACUGAAUUACGCAAAAGAAUCCAAAGAAUUUGUGAAUACUUGGGAGUUGAUGGGCUCAAGGCCGACGAACGGUCAGGGGCAGCCUCUGAAAACGGAGAUGAGACCAACUCCAGGUCUGAGUACGAACCAAGCGAGGAAUCAUUACCCUAA